AUCAGCUCCCUUACAUUAUCACUUGGCAGGACCUUGUAGAAGACCCACCCUCUUGGCUUAAGCCCUUCCUAGCCCCGCUCCCUCUGGAGCCAAAACCCAUUCUUGCUUUGCAGGGGACAAAGAAGAAGAAAAGUCUUACCCAGCCUUCAGCACCCCUCUACCCUGUCCUACAGGGGGGUACUGAAGAAGAAUUAAUUUUUCCUCCCCUGUAUAACCCCUCUAGGAUGCCGGAAGAACACCAUCCUCCCCCUCCGGGGGAGGCAGACGCUGUUCCGAGAGCGGGAGGUGGAAACGCUCCAGUGGGAAGCCCGCCCUUUACCAGACAAAGGGCUCAGAGGGAGCAAUCCGCCUCCGCUGCCGACUCCACUAUUCUGCCCCUGCGAGCCACCGGACCCCCAGACGCGGAGGGGAAUCAGCCCCAUCGCUAUUGGCCUUUCGCCACUAGUGACCUCUACAAUUGGAAAGCUCAGAAUCCUAAGUUUUCCGAGAAACCGGCAGGGCUUAUUGAUUUAUUAGACUCUGUUCUUUUUACCCAUCAGCCCACGUGGGACGAUUGCCAGCAGCUUUUGAAGGCCCUGUUCACGACUGAAGAAAGAGAAAGAAUCCUCAAUGAGGCCCGAAAACUAGUUCUGGGUGCAGACGGGAAUCCCACCACCAACCAGGCUCACAUAGAUGCCUCCUUCCCCUUAACUCGGCCUCAGUGGGAUUUCAACAUGGCAGAAGGUAAGGAGAGGCCCCGGGUCUACUGCCAGACUCUAAUGGGGGGGGGUCUCCGAAUGGCUGCUAGAAAGCCAACCAAUUUGGCCAAGGUAGGAAAUGUACAACAGGGAAAAGAUGAAUCUCCGGCUGCCUUUUUAGAACGGAUCAUGGAGGCAUUCCGUACCUAUACCCCCAUGGAUCCAGAGGCUCCGGAAAGCAAGGCAGCUGUUAUCAUGGCCUUUGUAAACCAAUCGGCCAUAGACAUUAGGAGAAAAUUACAGAAAAUAGAUAGACUAGGAGAAAAAAGUCUGCAGGACUUACUGGUGGUAGCCGAAAAGGUAUAUAAUAACCGGGAGCCUCCUGAGGACAAGCAGGCUCAUGCCAUGGUGGCUGCCAGCAGUAAGCAGACUCGAGACCUGGCCAGAAUACUACUAGCUACCACUGCUGACUUCCCCGAGGAACGAGACCACCGUCUCCGGCAGCUGGCAGACGACGCAAGAAAAGGUAAAAGAACCACCAAGGGGGGGAAGCAGAGGCUGCAGAAGGAUCAGUGCACAUACUGCAAGGAGAUAGGGCAUUGGGCCCGAGAUUGUCCAAAAAGGGACGGCGGGAAGGGAAGCAAGACUGAUCGAGUAAAAGUCCUAGAGCUAGAUGAACUAAGUGAUUAGGGGAGUCGGGGUUCGGACCCUCUCCCCGAACCCAGGGUAACUCUUAAAGUGGAGGGGACCCCUGUUGACUUCCUUGUUGACACCGGAGCACAACAUUCAGUCCUCCGCACCCCACAAGGAAAACUAGCCAGCAAGAAGUCCUGGGUACAAGGGGCAACUGGUAUGAGCCAGUAUUCAUGGACUACCCGAAGAACGGUAGAUUUGGGAACGGGCUGGGUAUCCUACUCCUUUAUGGUAAUAGCAGAAUGCCCCUACCCGCUGUUAGGACGGGACUUACUGACCAAGAUUGGAGCUCAGAUAACUUUCAGACAAGGGGGGCCUCAGGUCACCGAUGGCAAGGGCCACCCCAUCCAGGUCCUGACCAUGAAACUGGAGGAUGAAUACCUCCUCCACCAGGAGGCGCUCCCUAGAGAGAAUAAUAUAGACAGAUGGCUACAAGAAUUCCCCUCGGUUUGGGCAGAGAUGGGGGGGAUGGCACUAGCCGCUCACAGGACCCCAGUCCUGGUAGAGCUCAAGCCAGGAGAGAGUCUGGUAAGGAUCAAACAAUACCCCAUGUCUCAGGAGGCCCGGAAGGGGAUCCAGCCACACAUCCGGAGACUACGAAGCCUAGGGGUACUAGUUCCUUGCCAGUCUGCCUGGAACACCCCCCUACUGCCGGUCAAAAAGCCUCACACAAAUGACUACUGACCGGUACAAGACCUCCGGGAAGUAAAUAAGAGGGUCGCGGACAUACACCCAACUGUUCCCAACCCAUAUACUCUCUUGAGCUCCUUGGCGCCCUCCAGGGUCUGGUAUACUGUACUAGAUUUAAAGGAUGCCUUCUUCAGUCUGCCGCUGGCACCCCAGAGCCAACCCUUGUUCGCCUUCGAGUGGCAUGAUCCGGAGGAGGGCUACGGUGGGCAACUCACCUGGACACGGCUACCUCAGGGAUUCAAAAAUUCACCCACCAUCUUCAACGAGGCACUACACGAGGACCUGGGUGAAUAGAGAAGGGAGCACCCUGGCCUCACCCUUCUACAGUACGUAGAUGACAUCCUGAUUGCUGCCGACACGGCCAAAGACUGUGAGCGAGGGACCCAGGACCUGCUGGCUACCCUGGGGGCCUUAGGGUACCGGGCAUCCCCAAAGAAGGCUCAGAUAUGCAGAGAGAGGGUAAGUUACCUGGGAUAUAUCCUGGAGGGCGGACAACGGCGGUUAUCAGAUGCCAGAAAAGAAACUGUCCUAAAGAUCCCUACUCCCACCUCCCAAAGAGAAGUGAGGGAAUUCCUAGGAUCAGCCGGCUACUGCCGCCUCUGGGUUCCAGGUUUUGCUGAGAUCGCCAGGCCCCUAUAUGAAGCUACCAAAGAGGGGAAAAUAUUUAAAUGGGCUGAAAACGAAGAAAC